UUUUGCUACCGUCAUUUUAAGGUUUAAAAAAAACCAAAACAAAACAGAUGAAACAAAGAUGUGCUGGGAAUUCAGACAAUGACAAUGUUUACAGAAUCGGAGGUAUUAAGAAGUGAGGCUGUUGUCAUGCACUGCCAGUUUAAAGGAAUAUGUCAGAGUCUCAAGACCAAUGUUUUAAGUGUAAAGAAAAUAAUCUUAAACACUCUUGGAGAGGAAAGCAUUUAACGUGAACAGCAUUGAAGCUGAUGCAGUGGAGCACAGAAUGGAUUCCAUCAAGGAAGAAAAUUGUGAGUGGGAAACUGUGCUGUAUACAGCAGACUCUAAAUGCAUGAAACAGGAAGACUGGGUAUUGGGGUCCACUGUAAUUAAAGAGGAAGAACCUGAUCAUUCUGAAAAUGAAUUAGGUAGUUGUAAUAUGCACAAACAUGACUUCAUGACUUCUUUCAAGCAAGAAGAAGUGGCUUUAAAGGAUGACCCCAGUUUAAGCACUUACCCCGAGUUAAAGGAAGAGAUUCUUAGCACAGCUUGGGAAAAAUCAUUUCUUCUGAAACAAAACACAUGGGAACCUAAAGACAAAACAAUUGAGGAUGUAGUUGACAAGAGUGACAUACCAGAACAUCCAUUUGUCAGGAAUACUGAAAAAUAUUUUGUAGAGAAGGACACAGGAGCCCUGGUUUCAUCUUUAUUUGAUCAGACAUCUGCUCCUUUUGAAAUUCAGUGGGUGGAGUAUGCGGACAACAUUACAACAGCUACUGCUGGUUCCGAAGCUAUGGACUCUUUGCAGUGUUGUUCUCUUCCUGUUGUAAAGCUGACCAGUGAAGCCAAAGGCAAUACUUAUGGACACACAAAUCCUACACCAUUGUACAUCUGUCAAGUGUGUGGGAAAAUGUUUAACUAUAAAUCUGUUUCUAGUGAUCAGAGACUUAGCAAGAAGCUGCAUUGCUGCAGUGAAUGUGGCAAACGGUUUUCAUUCAAAGGUAGUCUUCAAAUACACCGCCGAAUUCAUACAGGAGAGAAGCCGUACUGCUGCACUGAAUGUGGUAAGCGAUUCUCACGAAGCAGUGUUCUUAGCAGACAUAUAAGAAUUCACACCGGAGAGAGACCCUAUGCCUGCCUUCAAUGUGGCAAACGAUUCUUAGACAGGGGACAUUUUCUGAGACACACCAAAAUUCACACUGGGGAGAAACCACAUUGCUGUACUGAAUGUGGCAAACAGUUCUCAAGGAUUUUAAAUCUUAAUACUCAUGCUAGGGUACACACUGGAGAAAAGCCACAUAGCUGUAGUGAAUGUGGCAAGCGAUUUUCAUUCAAAGGCAGUCAUCAAAAGCACAAGAGAAUUCAUACGGGUGAGAAGCCACACUGCUGUACAGAAUGUGGCAAGCUGUUUUCACGAAGCAGUGUUCUCAUCAGACAUGUAAGAAUUCACACUGGAGAGAAGCCAUACUGCUGUACUGAAUGUGAGAAGCGGUUCUCUGAUAGAGGCCAUUUCCUGAGACACAGCAGAAUUCAUACAGGAGAGAAGCUCUAUGGGUGUCCUGACUGUGGAAAACAUUUCUCAGAUAAAGGUCAUUUACAGAGGCAUGCAAGGACACACAAUGGAGAGAAGCAACAUUGCUUUACCAAAGGUGGCCAGCAGCACUCACCUAUGUCUUAUCUUCACCAACCACCAAGAAUUCACAAAGAAGACAAGCCAUAUUCCUGCUCUCAGUGUGGCAAACAGUUUGCAUCUAAAGGACAUCUUCAAAAACACACCAGAUUUCAUUCUGAAGAGAAACCAUAUUGCUGCUUGGAAUGUGGCAAGCAAUUCUCACAAUUGGUGAUCUUAAAAGACAUGCAAGAAUUCACACUGGAGAAAAACCAUAUUCUUGUACUGAAUGUGGGAAACGGUUCUCGGCCAAGGGCCACCUUCAGGCACACGUGAAAUGUCAUACUGAUAGUCCUGCCAACUUGUAUGCCUUUUGUGUGGAACGUACACACUUUGAUUUUCAGUUAUGUGGAUAUGAUUGAUUAGUGAUCUGCAAAACAAAGGAAGUUAAAGGUAUUGAGUUGCUUCAGCCAGGUUCUCUGGCAACUUGAAUAAUUUGAAUGGGGAUGUCUUUAAACCAUCCUGAUUAAUCUGGAAUUUACUCUUUGACUGCCCUACAAUAGAUGCAAUUUUCAGAACAGGCUCAA